GCGGAAGCGGAGGGAGGAGGAGGAGGAGGAGGAGGAGGAGGAGAGGAGGCGGCCAUGGGGGCGCGCGGGCUGGAGGCCGCUGUGGUGGAGCUGGCGGCGGGGGAGGCCCGCGGGAGCGCCGCGGAGACCGGCUGCCAGCCCGUGGUGAUCCUGCUGGGCUGGGCGGGCUGCCAGGACAGGUACCUGGCUAAGUACAGUGCGAUCUACAGCCAGAAGGGGUGCACCGUCAUCCGCUACACGGCUCCGUGGAGGACGGUGUUCUUCUCCGAGAGCUUUGGCAUCCGAUCCCUCCGGACCCCGGCCAGGAGGCUCCUGGAGCUGCUCUUUGCCCACAGCAUUGACCACCGGCCCGUGCUGUUCCACGUCUUCAGCAACGGCGGCGUCAUGCUGUACCGCUACAUCCUCGAGGCGCUGCACACUCAGCGGCCCUUUCAGCACCUCAAAGUCCUGGGCACCAUUUUUGACAGCGCCCCCGGCAGAAGAAACUUGAGAGGAAGCCUUCGCGCCUUGGCGGCUGUCCUGGUAUCCAUGAACGUGCUGCUCAGGUACUUCCUCAUCUUCGCUUUUGCUACCACGGUCGUCGUGCUGCGGAUCCUGCUGUACCCCCUCACCCGCUUCAUCCACGAGAGCCAUUACGACGCCCUGCUGAAGGCGCCCUCGCGGUGGCCCGAGCUGUACCUCUACUCACAGGCGGACGCCGUCAUCAGCGCCCACGAUGUGAAGCACAUGGCAGAUGCCCGGCAGCAGCUUGGCGUCCCCGUGAGAGCUGUGGACUUCUCAGAUUCGGCUCACGUCAGCCACAUGCGGGCGUAUCCCACCUACUACAGCAACCUCUGUGUGACUUUCCUCUCUGACUGUGUCAGGGGCUCACCUCGUUAGCGUGAUGACCUCAGAUUACACGGGAAAUGCCACCCCCUCUCCCUUUAUGUCUUUGAGGGGAGGAAAGUGUAGAGAUUUCUUAGGCACUUUUUUUUUUUUUUGGCUUCUGCUGCAAAGCUGAAAGCCUCCAGUCUGUCUUUGAGCCAGCCACCUCAUGGCAAAAAGUUGAUUUGCAGUAAUUUAAAGAACUGAAAGUGAAAUUCUAGCACGGUGUGGUAGUUGGGGUGUCACUGACCAGAAUUUCACGAGGAGUGUUGUUUCUUCCUGUCUCGUGGUGUUCCCUGCUUUCCGUGUGUCCUUGUUCCAGAUGUCCAAUGUACACGUUCUGUUGCCUUGUACUGAUACAGCAAUACAGCUCUUCAAUGUCUUUGUGGUUUUCCUCUCUGCUAUUUCUUUUAUCUUGCAGCUGCAAGGUUUCCCUCUUCUCUCAGCACUGCUUGGUUCUGUUAAAGGGCGGAGAGGGCAGCCAGAGCUCUGAUUCCGUGGCCCCGGGGUGGAGCUCAAAUGUUUGUGAUAACUUUUGUGUUCUUCAACCAAAAAUUCUGUUAAGCUUUUUUUUGGAUGUGUGUUGUCUUGUUUCUCCUCUUUCUUGUCUGUUGUGUGUUCUCCCAGGUAAUUUUUGUUUUCUUGGAUUAGUGCUCAUCUAUUACUGCGUUUCUUUGAGCAGCCAGGAUUGUGCAUCUAGAAAUGCCGGGAUACUGGCACAGCUGUAACCCAGAAGACCUCAGAAACGGAAAGGUGGAACUGCAGAGAAAAAUGAAAGUGUCUUUUGGAGCUGUGAUUUAUACUGCGUGUUGCUUAAAUCACUUCCAUCCAGCUAACCCACAAAUGACCAUGAAAUUCAAUGUUUUCCCCCAUAACAUUCUCUCCGGAUGAUCAGUCUUUGCUGUCCCUGCAGCGUGUACUGGUAAUACAAGAAACAAAUUCCCUCCACCUAGCGAAAAGGCAGCUCGCUGCGCUGCACUUCAGCCAUGCUUGAGUUUUGUUGCUUAUUUGGGGGAGAAGGGGGGAUAAAGGCAGAGAAUAGCUUGCUAAUAACAUGUUUACCUCAUGUCACAGCACUGCAAGCUAAUUACAGACAUGGUGGACAGGAUUAACCAGCUUUAAAUCCUUAGUCAGAAAUUGGCAGGGCAGGCCCUGGAGGGCUCUGGUACGGCCUGUUUGAACAAGGGUCUGCCCUUUUGAGGCAGGAAUGUGGAAAAAAGGAUUUCUACAGAGGAUUUCUACAGAAGACAUUCACUGCCUGUGGGCUGGAGCGCCUGCUGUGCCUGACUCACCCACCUUUGGGUGCCGUCACCUGCCAAUUAGCAAGCACUUGCUGUUCUUAAUUGAAACAUGGGCAGAGAGAGAGCUCUGGAGAAGCACCAGGAUUGUUUGGAAGUUUGGAACCAGAACCAUAACAUGUGGAAAUUACACAGGGUGAGCUGUGGCCAGUGGCUGGAACAACUGUUUUUAGCAGGCCAGUGUGGCAGUGCUUAUUUAGAGUAACCCUGUGUCAGGUGAGGUCUGGGGUGUACAGGACGUGUGAGAAUUAGCUGAGAAGGAUCUGAUAGCCUGGCAAGCCUUCACUUUUUGAAGUGAAAACUGGCUGCGAGCACAGGAGCCUUGCUGCUUGGGGCUACCCUGUGGUAGGAGCCUCCAGUGUGCUCUUUCUCUUGGGGAGAAAAAAACAGUUUCUGGGGUUUGGACCUGUAAAAUUCAGCUGUGGUCCCCUAUCCCAGAAAGCCCAUCAUUAAAGUGGUUCGUGCUGUCA